AUGUGGAGUGCCCUGUUUUCCGCUUUGUACCUGCUGGGUGUUUUCUCUGAGAGCUGCAGAGGACGGAAGCUGCCGGCGUUUCAAGACGGGGAGAAGUGUCCGCUACUGGAGAAAGAAGGUCUCCGGCUGGACCAGAGCAGCAAUGAAUUCGUAAAUAUAACUGGGGAGAAGUGUCCGCUACUGGAGAAAGAAGGUCUCCGGCUGGACCAGAGCAGCAAUGAAUUCGUAAAUAUAACUGGAUUUAAUCUAAUCAAAAGGUUUGGUCUUCUGAAGACCUCGUCGGUUAAGAAAAUACGCAAUCCCAAAGGUCCGAUGAUCCUCCGAUUAGGCAACACUUCCCUGGUUCAUCCGACGAAACAGCUGUUCCCCCGGGGCUUGCCUGAUGAAUUCACUUUGAUCAUCACUCUACUCUUGAAGAAGCAGACUACCAAAGAGAACUGGUACCUCUUCCAGAUCACUGACCCUCAGGGAUACCCCCAGCUCUCCCUGGGAAUCAACAGCAAAGAGCGAAGUCUGGAGUUCCAGGCCAAGGACCGUCACGGGGAAUCGAUUGGCGUGGUCUUUGCUGGCAAAGGCAUCACCUCCCUUUUUGACUUGAAGUGGCACAAAAUGGCAGUCAGCAUUCAAACCCAGGUGAUCUCCGUCCACGUUGACUGCAGUUACAUCUCAUCUAAGCCUCUGCAGCUGCGCCAGCGGUUGGUCAGCGAAGGCAACGCAUUCGUGGGGCUGGAGGCAGUGCGUGGGACCCCGGUGAUGUUUGACAUUCAGCAGCUGCACAUUUACUGUGACCCAGCCAUGGCAAUGCACGAGGGAUGUUGCGAGAUCUCCGACAGUGGGUGUUUUCCGGAAGCCUCCAAAACACGUCGGGAUGUGGAAGUUAUGGAGAACAAUGAAUUGAUUGAGAUCAACCCCCAAACGGAAGGCAAGGUUUACACGCGCUGUUUCUGCUUGGAAGAACCUCAAAGCAAACAGGAGGUGAGAGCCUCUGGGAAGGUUUCUGUGAAAGGAGAUCAAGGAGAAAAGUGUCUUCCAUGUGACAAGAGGUCACCAUAUGCAAAUGCUACCCUGGGUCCUCCUGGUUUGAAGGGCGGGAAAGGCGAACGGGGAUCUCCAGGAAUCUAUGGAUCCAAAGGGGAAAAAGGGGAUCGUGGUGCUGACUGUGUCCGGAUCUCACCUGAAGCUCCAUUACAGUGUGCUGAAGGCCCACAAGGGGAGAAGGGAGACCGAGGAGAAAAGGGGCUUCAAGGAUUGAUUGGAGGUCUCGGGCAGAAAGGACAGAAGGGUGAGAAAGGUGACUUUGGACUUCAAGGAAAAUCAGGCACCCCUGGGCGAGAUGGCCGACCUGGAGAGCUGUGCAUAGUGGGGCCCAAAGGCCAAAAGGGUGAUCCAGGUUUCGUUGGCCCCGAAGGGCUUGCUGGAGAACCAGGACCUCCAGGGUUGCCAGGCCCACCUGGAAUCGGCCUUCCAGGAAAACCAGGUGAUCCCGGUGGGCCCCCAGGUUUGGCAGGAGAGAAGGGCAGUUCAGGACCUCCAGGGGACAGUGGAUCUCCUGGGAAGCCAGGAAAACCAGGAACCCCAGGCCUGAAAGGUGUAAAGGGUGAUCCAUGUGAAGUUUGCCCUACUAUUACGGAUGGAAACCAAAUUGGCCUUCCUGGGAAUCCAGGAGCCAAGGGGGAACCUGGACCGCCUGGGAAACCCGGCAAAUCGGACAAACCUGGGCCCCUAGGAACUAAAGGCAACAGGGGAGACCAUGGACUUUUCGGGCCUAUCGGCAAACCUGGAAUCCAGGGCAAUAAAGGGGACACUGGCGGUCCAGGAGUCAAAGGCGAGAAGGGUGAAUCAUGCACGUCCUGCUCUUCUCUCGAAGGUGGAAAAGUUACAAUCAGUGUCCCUGGGACUCAAGGUGAAAAGGGCGAACCAGGUGUCCCUGGGAUUGGACUUCCUGGAAAACAAGGAAUACCUGGAGAAGCUGGAAUAAAAGGACAGAAGGGUGAUGGAGGAAACCCAGGUGAUCCGGGCACACCUGGUGAAGCAGGUUUGCAUGGCCUCCCUGGUGAGCCUGGCAUCAGAGGACUAGCAGGGGUGAAAGGUGAAAAGGGAGAGGCUUGUGAGUCAUGUUCCAUAAUCAGCACAGACCAAUCUGGAGUAGUUGGUGUCCCAGGCAUACCUGGUCAAAAAGGGGAUCCUGGUCUUCCAGGUGUGGGUCAGCCAGGCAAACCUGGAAAACCAGGACUUCCAGGUGUUCAGGGGCCUCCUGGCCUGAAGGGGUUGCAGGGGGAACCAGGUACCUCUGGCAUAGGAAUCCAAGGGCCAGAAGGAGAACCUGGGCAGAAAGGUGUACCAGGAAAUCCAGGGCCUCCAGGACCUCGCGGUCCAGUAGGAAAUGCUGGAAUAAAAGGUGCAAAGGGCUCGCUAGGUGUUAAAGGUGCCAUUGGUCCCCCUGGGCUUCCAGGUCCAUCCAUUCCUGGCCCACAGGGGGAACCAGGUCCAUCCAUUCCUGGCCCACAGGGUCCAGAAGGCCAACAAGGCCUGCCCGGAGUUCCUGGUUCCAAUGGUUUAAUGGGUGAAAGAGGUACCAAAGGCGAGAAGGGAGAUUCUGGCGAAUGCACCUGCCAGCCUGGCUCUCGCCCGGACACAGGCCAUGGUCUUCCGGGCGCUCCGGGACUGUGGAUCGGGAAUCCCUGGCAGUCUCAGCCAGGUCCUCAGGGACCUCCAGGUGCUCCAGGACCUCCAGGCCCACCAGGAGCCCCGGGAAUUCAGGAAAACCUCUGUGAAACCUGCAACUCCCAAGGCUCUAACGGGAUAAAAGGAGAAAAGGGAGAUCGGGGCCAACCUGGAGCUCCGGGCAUAGAUAACUGUGCAGAGUGCCACCGUGAGCACCCUGAAGACGAGGCCCAGCCCGACAACAAUGAUCCUGAUUGUGCUGGAGGACAUCCUGGAAGCCCUGGCUAUCCUGGACAGAGGGGCGAGCAGGGUCCACCAGGCUUACGAGGUUCUCCAGGCCCUCCUGGACCAACUGGCCCCCCAGGUUUUCCGGGAGUGCCUGGCCCACCUGGAUUACCUGGACUCCAGGGCGAACGUGGGCCAGUUGGAAUCCAUGGAUCCAAGGGAGAGCCAGGUCCUCCAGGUCAGCCCGGAUAUCCUGGAUCAGUAGGACCCCCCGGGCUCCCGGGUUCCAAAGGGGAACGGGGCUAUGUUGGACCCCCAGGAGAGAAAGGAGAAUCGGGGCCCCCUGGCACAGAUGGACCUAUAGGACCCAUAGGACCCUCGGGUCCCAGAGGAGAACGAGGAUUGCCAGGCAGCUCAGGAGAAAAAGGAGACCAGGGUUUUCAAGGCCAGCCUGGCUUUCCGGGGGCACCAGGUCCUCCAGGUUUUCCAGGAAAAGCAGGAUCUCCUGGGCCUCAAGGCCCCCCAGCCGAAAAGGGCAGUGAAGGGAUGCGCGGGUCUCCUGGCAUGGCUGGUCCCCCCGGGCCUCCAGGACAACCUGGACUACAGGGUCCACCUGGCCUGGAGGGACAAGAUGGAAAAGAUGGAAAACCAGGGUCACGGGGUGACUCAGGACCACCAGGACCUCCAGGAAUGAUGGGCCCUCCAGGAUUCAAAGGGAAAACAGGUCAUCCUGGCCUGCCAGGACAGAAGGGUGAUUGUGGUAAGCCAGGACCUCCUGGAAAUACAGGCCGGGCUGGAGCUGAGGGCGAGCCCGGUCUUGUGGGGCCUCAAGGUAGACCAGGACCUCCUGGACAUGUCGGUACACCUGGAAGCCCUGGGCAACCUGGUCCAUCAGGGCUUGCUGGAGUAGGUCUGAAGGGUGAACGGGGGUCUCCUGGAGAAAGAGGUCUCGGUGGGCUCCCAGGCCAGCCGGGAACACCGGGUCACCCAGGCCCACCGGGUGAGCCAGGCUUGGAUGGACUGACAGGCAAAGAGGGAUCUCCUGGAAAACCAGGUUCUCCUGGUCCUUCCGGACAGAAAGGGGACUAUGGCACUCCCGGGGAGACGGGCCAACCUGGAGAGAAAGGCAGAGCGGGGAUGCCAGGAGGCCCAGGGAAAAGUGGUGAAAUGGGACCCGUGGGACCGCGUGGGUCCCCUGGGGAGAGAGGACAUCCUGGCUCACCUGGCCCUACAGGAAACCCUGGGAAUCCAGGCCUGCCGGGGACGUCGGGAGAUGCCAUCAGCUAUGACCAGAUCCGGAUGUUCAUCAGAGAAGAGUUCCAAAAAAUGUUUGAUGAGCGGAUUCGGUACUAUACUUCCCAACUGCCCGUAUCACCGGUAGAAGUCCUUUCCCAGCCAGGGAGACCAGGACCACCUGGAAAAGACGGAAUGCCGGGACGGUCAGGUCCUCCUGGUUCUCCGGGACUGCCUGGACAAAUUGGAAGGGAAGGCCGGCAAGGUCUGCCCGGCAUGAGAGGUGAGCCCGGAAUCAAAGGAGACAAAGGAGACAAAGGGACUGGAAUCAUGGGGGAGAGUGGACCACCAGGCUCUCCAGGCAUGCAGGGGCCUCCAGGCUAUGGGAAAAUGGGCCUUCCAGGGCCCAUGGGGCAGCAAGGUAUUCCGGGCAUCCCGGGACCACCAGGAAUCACGGGCCCUCCUGGGAAAGCCGGUCACUGCAACCCUUCAGACUGUUUUGGCAUGAUGCCCAGGGAGCAGCCCAUGUACCAGCCCAAAAACAUGAAGGGGCCUAUGGGCUAAAGAAUGUUCUCCUUUCCCUCCCCACAAAGGACUCCAUUUGGAAUAGCCAAAGAUCAAGUCUUCCAUCAUGACUGGCUGUGAUGAUGAUGAUGAUGCUUUUAUUGUUGUUAAUAUUUUGACUAUAUUUUUCUCCAGUGGAGUUCAACUUCUUAUCAUGAUGGCAUUGUUGUUGUUUUUUUAAAAAAAGAACUACCAGGAUAUCUGUGUGUCUGUGUGUGGGAGAGAGAGAGAAGAUUUCUGUGUGUGAAUGUUUCCAUAUUCUGACUGAUUUUUACCCCCAGUCAGCAAAAUGUAUUCAAGACAAAAACCUCAGUUUUCCCUGGUGGAGAGGAAGAUUCUGCUCAUUAUUUUUCCUGCCUCAUUAGGAGUUAUUAUUUCCACAAUGCAGACAGUAUCUGUUGAAAAUUUUAAGAAAAUAUACAAAGGGGGAAUGCUGUGGUUUAAUUUCGGUUUUUUUUAUUGGAUUUUCCCUCUUAGCAUGAGUUAUAAUGGAUCCGGGAGGCAAGAGAUAAACAGUUCUAAAUUGGUAGAACAAAAUUGCCUCAGUUUUGGAAUCUCACCAGCCAGGCUAUUGAAAAUCAGGAAAUGGUCACCUAUCACAUCUCAAGAGCGCACGAUGAGAAAGGCUGCCCUACCAAGUAUUUACACACCUCUCUUGGAGCAAAUUGCACAAGUAAAUCCAGCGGAAUUUACUUCUAGUAGAUGUACGUGAAAUUGUACUGGGGAAAAAAAGUCACUUCAUAGUUCGCAGACUUUCCCCCCUUAAUUGAAAUGAAAAAAAAUGGGAACAAAAAUUUAAAGUAUUAAAAGUUGCAUUGGGUCUUUGGAGGUGAAAAAAAAAAUCUAAGGAACUCCUGAAAUUGAAAACAAAACAAGUUGUGUGAUAUUUAGGAUGUCUGAAUGGGAGUAUUAUCUUACGGUGUAAUUACUUUUCCAGAUGUCCAACAUUCUGUUUUCUUCCUGUUGUAUGAAAUGUGUGGGACCAUGUACCUUCUGGAAUUAAUUAAUUUUUCCUUGAA